CACAACCAUAUACAACUUUGUCUAGGGCUGUAUAAGACACAAUGCCAGCCAAGAUGCAUUCCAACUACCCCUCCGAUUCGGAGACUGCGGAACUAAGAGACUCUACUGAGUCGGGCUAUGUCAGUGGUGGCUCAAGUGAAGAGUAUCUACCAGAGAUUGUCUUCACCAAACCUCAUCUUCAGUUCCUCAACCGACAACUUCAAUUCCUUGAACCCCAAGGUCAGCUCUUCCACAUUUUCAGUUCAAGACAACGACGCCUAACCCCUCUUGCAGAUGUCCUCAGAUGGUGUGUCACUUCGCUACCUCACCUGUAUCAGACCACCGCCUUUGGUCUUACUGGUCUUGUGAUCAUGGAUAUGCUUUCCAAACUGUCCAUCCCUCGCCCUCAAAUGGUCAACCUCAUCUUCCUCGACACUCUGCACCACUUCCCCGAGACAUUGAAACUUGUCGACAAUGUCCGCAAGAGGUACCCGCUACAGCACAUCCAUGUCUACAAGCCCCAGGGUGUUGAGACCGAAGAGGAGUUUGCUAAGAAGCACGGUGAACGCCUGUGGGAAAAGGAUGACCAGCUGUACGACUGGAUUGCCAAGGUCGAGCCUGCUCAACGUGCCUACCGUGAGCUCAACGUUCACGCAGUCCUCACCGGACGCCGCCGCAGCCAAGGAGGCAAGCGUGGAGACCUGGACAUUAUUGAGGUGGACGAAGCCGGCCUCAUUAAGAUCAACCCUCUCGCCAACUGGACCUUUGACCAGGUCAAGCAGUAUGUCAAGGAGAAUGAUAUCCCCUACAACGAGUUACUCGACAAGGGCUACAAGAGCGUUGGUGACUAUCACUCUACAUCCCCCGUCAAGGAGAACGAAGACGAACGAUCAGGCCGCUGGAAGGGCCAGGCGAAAACCGAGUGUGGUAUCCACAACCCUCGGUCAAAGUACGCCCAGUACUUGAUGGAUAUGGAACGCAAGCGACAGGAGGAAGCUUUGUCUCAAGCGUUGCAGAACAAGCUUACCACCGCUUAA